GCAAGGCUGCAGGACCUCUUCCCCCCGCACAGCACGGCCCACCUGCUGCUGCAGAGCCAGGCCGCGGAGCCCCGCUGGAGCAGCCGCCAGAGGGGUGAGGGGCCGCCCGCGGGGGGCGUACGGCCAGGGCUGGGCUGACCACUGCAGGACAGAGCCCGAGCUCCGGGAAGAGGCGAAGCCCCUGGUUGCUGCUCCCCACCACAAAAACCUUGGCCCAGAAGGGAAGUCAUGUGGAGCCCAGAAUAGCUCCUGCCGGACCUCGUGGCCAGGCCGGGCUCCAGCUGGGAGCGCAGCGGCCCCGGCCUCCGUCGCUCCGCGUUGCCCUCCUCUCGCCCUCGCUGCCCGUGGCCUCGGCCUCUCCUCCACCGCCUCUUGCCCUUCCUAAGCUCAUGAGCUGGUCCCCGGAACAGUGUCGGGGGCAGGGACAGCCCCGGGGUGACACACACGCCCUCUGUGCCAGGCUGGUGGAAAGGCCCGGCAGAGGCUCUGAGGAGCCCCCCGAGUCUGGCCCAGGACCCAUCGUCACCCGCACGGCCUCGGGACCUGCCCUCGCCUUCUGGCAGGCGGUGCUGGCGGGGGACGCGGGCUGUGUCUCCCGCAUCCUCUCAGACUCCAGUACCGGCCUGGCUCCCGAUUCCGUCUUUGAUACCAGCGACCCAGAGCGGUGGAGGGAUUUCCGCUACAACAUCCGCGCUCUGAGACUCUGGUCCCUGACGUACCAGGAGGAGCUGACCACCCCGCUGCACGUGGCGGCCAGCCGUGGCCACACGGAGGUCCUGCGGCUGCUGCUGCGGCGGCGGGCUCGGCCCGACAGCGCCCCCGGGGGCCGCACCGCCCUACACGAGGCCUGCGCGGCCGGUCACACCGCCUGCGUCCACGUGCUGCUGGUGGCAGGCGCGGACCCCAACCUCCCUGACCAGGAUGGGAAACGCCCCCUGCAUCUCUGCCAGGGGCCUGGCACCCUCCAGUGUGCAGACCUGCUGCUCAGGUUCGGGGCGCGAGUAGACGGUCGGUCUGAGGAGGAGGAGGAGACCCCCUUGCACACGGCUGCCCGGCUUGGCCACGUGGAGCUGGCGGACCUGCUGCUAAGACGGGGUGCAUGUCCCGACGCCCGCAAUGCUGACGGCUGGACGCCGCUGCUGGCUGCCUGUGACACGCGCUGCCCGUCCCCCGCCGACGCCGAGACCGCCUCGGCCCGCUGUUUCCAGCUGUGCCGCUUGCUGCUCUCGGCGGGGGCAGAUGCUGACGCCGCCGACCAGGACCGGCAGCGGCCCCUGCACCUGGCCUGCCGCCGUGGCCACACGGCCGUGGUGGAGCUGCUGCUGUCCUGUGGCGUCAGUGCCAACGCCAUGGACUACGGGGGCCACACGGCCCUGCACUGCGCUCUGCAGGGCCCGGCCGCGGCCCUGGCCCAGAGCCCGGAGCACGUGGUGCGCGCUCUGCUCAACCACGGUGCUGUCCGAGUGUGGCCGGGCGCCCUGCCUAAGGUCCUGGAGCGCUGGCAUUCAUCCCCGAGGACCAUCGAGGUCCUGAUGAACACCUACACCGUCGUGAGGCUUCCCGAGGAGGCGGUGGGCCUGAUACCUCCCGAAACGCUGCAGAAGCACCGGCGCUUCUACUCUUCGCUCUUCGCCCUGGUGAGGCAGCCGCGGUCCCUGCAGCACCUGAGCCGCUGUGCACUGCGCACACACCUGGCGGGCUGCCUGCCCCUUGCCUUGCCCCGCCUGCCCCUGCCACCCCGCCUGCUCCGCUACCUGCAGCUCGAGUUCGAGGAUGUGCUGUACUAGAUGUGCACCGCCUGUGGCCCUGAAGCAGGUGGCCCAGCCCGAAGCAGGUGGCCCCGUUGGCAGCAGGUCCCUCUCCGCGGGGUUCUGAUCCCCACCAGAGAGAGGUGGACACGUCACAGCGGCCAGGUGACAUCUGAUGAAGACAGAGCUAGUGACAUUUUCAUGGGGCUCCCCAAGCCCCCCCGCCCCAGGCUGCGCAAACCCUGUGUGCACAUUAAAAUCUCCAGGCCGUUCGGUGCUUUCUCCAACAAGCCGUGCUCAGGCCGGCUCCCUGGCAGGGGCCGUCGGGGUGGGCACUUGCCGGGUCCCCUCCCUGCUCCCUUUGCCAUCCACGAGAUGUGGCGGAGGACCAGGCCAACCUGUGGCGCACCUCUCGCCCCAUGAGAUAGCGAAUCGCCACCGAGUAAGAGUGUUUUGGCAAAGGCCUGAAGAAUGGGUGGAGCGGAGGGGAAUGGACGGUAAAAGACGGAGGGGAGCUGUCUGCACAGACCAGCCAAUCAAGUGCACUGUGAUCCGUGACGUCAAGGGUAGCUGGACAGUUCCCGGGCUCCGGAAUGCGCAUGCACUGGAGCUGCAACUUUUCCCUCCAACAGCUGUGGGCAAGGCUGAGGGGCGGGGCCUGGUGGGGCGGGGCCUGGUGAGAGGGCGGGGCAGGGGCUGUGGGCGGGGCUGUGUAUGGCCGGAGGGGCGUGGUCCGGGCGAGAGACGGGUUCCAGAGAAGAUCUGAGUUCGAAAUCUGAGACGGCGGGGCGCGGACAAGCAGAGAGGAAGUGAGCGCCGUGGAGGGGCCGGCCCGCCUGGGCUUCAGGUGCUGGCUCUAGGACCGCCCGAGGCGAAGACGCUGGGCCAGCCCGCCCCACAUAUAGUUCUCUCGGGGAUGGACGGCGGGGCCUGGGAUGGGCUUUCCAAGGUGUCUGCGGGGGACAGGCCGCGGGCGCCUGCUGGGGUCACUUGAGAGACCGCCUCUAGUUCCCGCGGCAGGUGAGGGCCCGGUGCUGGUUUGCUCCUUGCACAGCUGAGUUCCAGGCCUCCGAGGCGCGGAGUGCCUGGGAUCCCCGGCCUUGUCCAGGUAUCUCACGGGAGAGGCGAGGGAGACACCGAGGGCGGUGUGACAGAGCCUGGGAACUAUUUCAAAGAGUGACAAGGAAACACACUCAUUAAGGAGGUGACUUAACUGAGAUCUGACGACGAGCAGCCAGGCCUGUGUGUGGAGGAAGAGCAGGAGGGCUCCCUGAGCAGUCAGAGGUCUUAGAAGAGCACUUUGAGCUAGGUAUAGGGGAACCUGCCUGUGAUCCCAGCAUCUCAGAGGCUGAGGCAGGAGGAUCGCCAGUUUAACUCUACCUGAGCAAUUUAUCCAGACCCUGUCUCCAAAAGUGCAAAGUCCUUAGGUUGAAUCCCUGGUUCCACCAAAAAGAAAAAAAAUCACUUUGGCUGGCUGCUGAGCAGCUUGGGGUAGAGAAGGCCAGAGAGAAUCAGAGAGACCUGUUGGGGGUGACUGCAGCAGUUCAAGCAAGAAAUGGCGUAGUAAGUAGUAGACAAGGCUUGGGGUCCUUUGGGGGAACUGGUGGAACAACUGUGGGGCUGGGGGGGCCUUAGGAUGGCUUUGGAUGGAUGGAGGUAGAGGUGUUUGUCCAAGGGGCUCUGAGCUCAAAAAGAGGGGGAGAGACGACCCCUCGCCAUCCCUGGACAGGAGGGGAUGACAUGAAGUUCAUGAGACUUGCAUCCCUGCCACCCUGAGCCUGGAAGGGACCACGGAGGGGGAGGGGGCCCCUGUGCGCCAGGACCACCUGCCAACUGGGCAAGGGACACCCCACAUCUUUUGGGGAACGGCUGGGACUUGUUAAUGGAGCAGACCUGGGGCUGGGGCCUUCCCUGUCUUUUGGCCUGAACAGCUGGACAGAUGAUGGUGCUAAUUCCUAAGGUGGAGAGGCAGGACCGGGAAAGUCAGAGGGUCUGUGCUGGCUCUACUGGAGCUGCCUGGAGGCCUCGCAGGGGCUGUGUUCAAAGGCCGUGUGGACCUCGGAAUCCGGAGCGCCAAGGGGAGGGCAGGUCGGGGUGAAUACAUGGGGUUCACUGGCUUCAAAAGCUGUUCAAGAAGUCCUGACUCAGGGGACACCUUUUCUGAAGAUUCUGCUUAUAAAGUUUGUUUGAAAUUCUA